AUGACUGAUAAUCAAAAGACAAUGAAAGCAGUUGUGUUUCGUGGACCAUACAAUAUAGAAGUUGAAGAUAAACCAAUUCCUCAAAUUACUGAACCAAAUCAAGUUAUUGUAAAAGUAUUAUAUUCAGGAUUAUGUGGAUCAGAUAUGCAUGUAUAUAGAGGUAAUGUAACUCCUGGACCUAUAGGAACAAUAGUUGGACAUGAAAUGAUUGCUCAAAUUUAUGAAAUUGGAUCAAAUAUAAAAAAUUUCCAAAAGGGAGAUAAAGUUAUAGCAAAUUUUUCAAUUCAAUGUGGUGAAUGUUUUUAUUGUAAAUAUGGAUAUACUGGACAAUGUAUUAAAACAAAUACAUUUGGUAAAAAGGGAUUAGAUGGAUGUCAAGCAGAAUAUGUAUUAGUUCCGUAUGCAGAGAAUGUUUUAAGUAAAAUUCCAGAAAAUAGCACUAAAGAUCAAGAAAUAGAUGAUUCUGUCUAUUUAUUAAUGGCUGAUAUUUUUACAACAGGUUAUUAUGGAGUUAAAAAAAUUAUAGAUUUUUUCAAAAUUGAACAAGCUGAAGGUUAUCCAAAACAAGAAUUUAAAGAUAUUUCAAUUUGUCAAAUUGGAGCUGGUCCCGUAGGUUUAUGUGCAUUACGUAUAUUAAAAUAUUUUGGUUUUGAAAAAAUAGUUGUAAUUGAUAGUAUUGAAUCAAGAUUAAAUGAAGCUAAAAGAUUAGGUGCUUAUAAAGUUAUAAAUUUUGAAACUGAACCAAAUGAAUUAAAAAAUUUUAUACAAACAGAUUUAAAUGGUCUUGGAUUUGAUGCAGUAUUAGAAGUAGUUGGAGCACCAUCAGCUUUAAAAACAGCAUAUGAUGCAAUACGUUCAAAUGGAUUUAUAUCAUCUUUAGGAAUGGGUCAUGGUUCAUUACCUUUUAAUGCUCUUGAAUUAUAUUUAAAAAAUAUAAAUUUAUCAGUUGGUAGAUGUCAUGCAUGGGCUUUAUUUAAUGAAUCUUUUACAAUAUUUGAAAAAUUAAAAUUUUCAUUUAAUGAAUUUAUUGAUUAUAAAACUUCUAUUUUAAAUGCAAAGGAAGCUUUUAAAUUAUUUGAUGAACAUAAAGUUAAUAAGGUUGUAUUUGAUUUUACUAAAUAG